AUAGGUCACACCGAAAACAUUUUUAAGGCAAAAAUCUAAAAAAAAGAUUGCAUCCAAAAUGUUAACCUACCAGAAAACAACAUUUUGUUAGUUGUUACACACUAGCUUUAACAAAUCUUCAGAAUGAAGAAGAGGGAAAGCACAUAAUAUAAAAGGUGCAACUCAAAGAAAGAAAGGCAUAGCCCUAAAAAUACAAACAAUUUCCCUGCUUGAUUCCUGCACUUAGCUUUUGUAUGAUGGGAGAGCAAAAGGUAGCACCGGGCUCACCUCUCAUUGUCCUUUAGCCAACCUCCAUCCUCCAGCUCAAACUUUGGCCCUUUGCCUCAUGCCUCAAGCCAGCCCGUGAUGCUCAGCGACAGUAUAGUAGUAGCCGACACACUGGGCAUACGAUUCCCUCACCAGUCACCCCCCCACAAAACCCCAGGAAAAAAUAAUAUGAACUGUUGAUGCUGCUCCCAUUCAGAGCUUAGCUCCAUUGCAUUCAUCUGCACAUGCUCUCUGAGCUCCUUGCAAGCUGGCCUCUGCAUUCUCAGCAGUGACAGUGAGUUGCUGCUCAAAGCAAUCUUGCUGCAGAGGUGAUGCUUGGUUAACAACCUGACGAUGCGAUUGUUCUGCAGUUGUGUUGCCAGUUCCUGAAGAAAGGGAGCAACUCUGGUGAGGUUUGCUGCAGGGGGAGAAGAGGCAUUAGCAUCCAGUGCUUGCUUGCUGGGGGGUGAAAACAACUUGUGGUCUACCACUCAGAUCCCUGUGCAGGGUUGGACAUUGUGGCACAGCACAUUUUUUUUCUGGUCACCGGUAGCUAUCUCAAUAACUAUAGAUCUUCUCAGCUCAGCUCCUGCGAGUUCAGUUAGUUGCUGCUUCAUUUUGCUCCCUGCAUCCAGAGCUCAGACAUAAAUCCUCUUCCAGAUUUUGCAGACAUUUCUUUUAGUGUUCUUGAUUAAGAAGGCAGAAAGAUUAACAGGUGGAGAAAAAGUUUCUGCAUUUCUGAUCAUUUGGUCAGCAUUUCUGCACUUGCUGUCCUCCAUCAAGCUGCUGUUCAUCGGUUGCACAGUCGCAAGCCAGCAAUCAUCGACGAAUCUUCAGAAGGCUGAAGAAAUUUCCAGCAAUUCUCAAGAUAAAUAGAAGAGGAAGAAGUCUUUGAGGCAAGCUAGCGAGGUCCAAGAAUGGCUAGAAGAAGUUGCCGGCAUUCUCUGCUCAUCUUGCUGCCAUUGCUGCUUGCAAUGGUGCCUGAGUCCACGCAGCUGCAGUCGUCGCAGACAUGGUCGCUGCUCAAGAUCCAGCAGCUGCUCAACUACCCGCCCGUGCUCAGCACCUGGGCCAACCACACCGACUUCUGCUACGGCGGCGACUACAAGACCGCCUCCGCCUUCGUCGAGUGCUACGGCGACAGCGUCACGCAGCUCCACAUCAUCGGCCCCGGCGGCGCCGGCGCGCCUCCGCUGCCCAAGACCUUCAGCAUCGACGCCUUCUUCACGACGCUGUCCAGGCUGCCCGACCUCCGGGUGCUCACGCUCACCGGCCUCGGCCUCUGGGGCCCGCUUCCGGGGAAGGUGUCGCGGCUGGCGUCGCUGGAGAUCGUCAACAUCAGCGGCAACUACCUCUACGGGCAGCUCCCGGAGGGGCUGUCCCGGCUCGGCAACCUCCAGACUUUCAUCGCCGACGACAACAUGCUCUCCGGCGAGCUCCCCGGCUGGCUCGGCAAGCUGCCGUCGCUGGCCGUGCUCAGCCUCCGCAACAACUCGCUGCAGGGGCCACUGCCGGAGUCCGUCAGCGACAUGGGGUCGCUGCGGUCGCUGACGCUCGCGUCCAACAACCUCUCCGGCGCGGUGCCGGACCUGAGCGCGCUCAAGAACCUGCAGGUGAUCGACCUCGCCAACAACUCGCUCGGGCCGGCGUUCCCGCGGCUGGGGAGGAAGGUGGCCAGCGUCGUGCUCAGCGGCAACCGGUUCAGCGACGGGCUCCCCGGCGAGCUCAGCUCCUUCUACCUCCUCGAGCACCUCGACGUGUCGAGGAACCGGUUCGUCGGCCCGUUCCCGCCGACGCUGCUCGCGCUGCCGUCCAUCGAGUACCUCAGCAUCGCUGGGAACCACUUCACCGGGCUGCUCGCCGCCAACAUGUCCUGUGGCGAGAACCUCCGGUUCGUCGACGUGUCAUCCAACCUCCUCACCGGCAGCCUCCCGUCCUGCCUGACCAGGGCCCCCUCGAGCAAGCCCGACGAAUCCAAGGUGACGCUCGUCGCGGCGUCGAACUGCCUGUCCGCCACGGCCGGCGGCGACGUCGGCUGGCAGCACCCGUCCCUGUUCUGCCAGAACCAGGCGCUGGCCGUGGGCAUCGUGCCCGACCAGGCCCACAGCAAGAAGAGCGGCGCCAAGGCGGGCCUCGUGGCCGGCAUCGUCGCGGGCGCCCUCGCCGGCGCGGUGCUCGUCGGCGUGGCCGUCUUCCUCGCCGUGAGGAAGGUGACCAUGAGGCGCGCCAAGGCCAGGCCGCCCCGACGGCUGGUGGAGCACGCCUCCAGCGCGUACCCUUCGCAGUUCUUCGCCGACGCGCGUUACAUAUCGCAGACGGUGAAGCUGGGAGCUCUGGGCAUUCCGGCGUACAGAUCGUUCUCCCUGGUGGAGCUCGAGGCGGCGACCAACAACUUCGAGGUGUCCUGCCUCCUCGGACAGGAUGCUCACGGCCAGAUGUACCGGGGGACGCUGAGCAACGGGACGCCGGUGACGAUCCGGACGCUGCGGGUGAAGCGGAGCCAGACGUCGCAGAGCUUCAACCGGCACAUCGAGAUGAUCUCCAAGCUGCGGCACCGGCACCUGGUCAGCGCGCUGGGCCACUGCUUCGAGUACAACCUCGACGACUCCACCGUCACGCAGCUCUACCUCGUCUUCGAGUACGUGCAGAACGGCAACCUCAGGAGCAGGAUCUCGCAGGGAACGGAGGGGAGGAAGCUCCCAUGGGUGCAGAGGAUAUCGACCGCCAUCGGCGUGGCCAAGGGCAUCCAGUUCCUGCACGGAGGGAUCAUGCCGGGGCUGUUCGCCAACAACCUCAAGAUCACCAACAUCCUCCUGGACCAGAACCUCGUCGCCAAGAUCGGCAGUUACAACAUCCCCAUCCUAGCCGAGACCGCAAAAUCAGAGGGAGGAGGAGGAAGCAAGUAUCCAUCUGACAGGGUGCCCAACGGCGACAAGAUGGACAUCUACGACUUCGGCGUGAUCCUGCUGGAGGUGGUGACGGGGCGGCCCAUCACGUCGAUCCACGAGGUGGAGAUUAUGCGGGAGCAGCUGCAGUCGGCGCUGACGUCGGAGAGCCCGGCGCGGCGGCGGCUGCUGGUGGACCCGUCGGUGGGCCGCGCGUGCUCCGACGAGUCGGCGCGGACGGUGAUGGAGAUCUGCCUGCGGUGCCUGGCCAAGGAGGCGGCGCAGCGGCCGUCGGUGGAGGACGUGCUCUGGAACCUCCAGUUCGCCGCGCAGGUGCAGGACGACUGGCGCGCCGGCGACUCCCGGUCCCAGAGCAGCGAGGAGUCGCCGCUGUCGCCGUCGCAGAUCCCCAGGGCGUCCAACACGGCGCCGGCGGAUGCUGCCUAGCCUAGGUUGAAAGGACUAAGGAGGAGAACCAAGAACAUCGGUUUCGAUCAGGAGAAGCAGCAUGGAGCAACAAUUUUCGUUUGAUGAUGUUAAGUUCGGUUGAUCAGCACGGCUGCAUGGUAGAGAACUGAACAGAGUGGUGUCAGGCUAAGUGUAUAGCAGCUGCAGCUGAAGCUGGAAACUCAUACUACCCCAGGAUGUGUACAGAGCCUUCUUGGCCUUUUUUCCCCUUACUGUUUUUACCAUUUCUGUUUCUGUUUUCCCUUCAUGAAUCCGUUGACUUUGUAAUAACCACUGUGGCACUGGCACCGUGUUUGCUUUGACCCUUGGUGGGGUCUUUAGGACCAAGUAUAACGUCUUGUAACUGUAGCCCCUUUCCACUAUGAGCUGGAAGGCAAAACAAGGGAAAUACAUAGUGAUCUCAAACA